CCGCGCUGCCUAAGCUACUGCUACCGCUGCCGUCGCCGUCACCGCCCAACAAAAUAAUAGCCGAAAACCCUCUCCCACGGGCCGCACUUUCGUAGUUGUGUCGACGUUUUACGGUCCUCCUCCGCAGCAACAGCGGCUUAGGUAUUUCAUUCGUAUAAUAUCCAUCCAGUUGUGUCAACAAAUAUUUCAACAUCAAUAAAUACCAACAUGUCUGAAAUCACACUUCCAACCGUUUGGAUACUUGGUGGACCUGGUAGUGGCAAAGGUACUCUUUGCGAUAAGAUCGUUGCAAAAUACGGGUUUACACACAUUUCGACUGGCGAUUUGCUGAGGGACGAAGUGAACACAGGAUCAGAACGUGGCCAAGAACUGGUGAAGAUUAUGAAAGAAGGAGCCUUAGUUCCAACGUCUAUUGUGAUGGAGUUACUAAACGAGAAGAUCAAGAGCAAAUUAGAAACGUCCAAAGGUUUUCUGAUCGAUGGUUAUCCACGUGAGAAGAAACAAGGAGAGGAAUUCGAAGCUGCGAUUAAACCAGUAGAUAUGGUAUUGUAUUUGGAAUCCAAAGACGAGACGAUGGUGCAGAGAUUGCUCAAACGAGCUGAAACUAGUGGACGGUCAGAUGACAACCUGGAAACAAUUCAAAAGCGGUUGCGAACGUUCCACGAUAAUAACGAUCCAAUUAUAGAAGCAUACAAGUCUAAGGUUGUGAUCAUAUCAGCUGAACAAAGUGCUGAGGCCGUUUUCGCCGAGGCAGAGAAAAAACUUGAUACAUUGGUUGCAUAAACUUAAAAACGAGUCUACAUCAGUUUUGAUGAUAAUAAAAAUCGACAAAGUUAUGUUAAAAGCUCAAAGUUCCAUUUGAAAAAAUAAAAAGUUAAUUUUUUCACUUAUGUGUAUUUUCACAAGCUAUAAAUAUAGAUUUAGGUUCGGAUCAAUAAAACAUGAUAAAAUGUCAGUUGUAACUUGAGUUACCUAUAUACAUAAUUAUCGAAUUAAUUGUUUUGUUGCAAAUUAUAAUAUUUUAGAGUACCUAAUACAAAAAGUAGAAGAUAUAAUGUUUAUGCGCUUUUAGUUUCAUUUAAAUGUAUAAAAAGCAUUUUUUUCUACACUUGGAUUAUUUUUUAGUGAUAUUAUAUUUAUUAAAAAACAAAUUCGAACCGUCUAUUUAUUAAAAAAGUACAUACCUAGUAUAAAAAUAAAGAUGAUUAAUAAUAAUAUAAUUUUGAAUUCAAACAUAAUAAAUUGUUGUUAAAUGUUAAUUAUAAUAAAGUUGUUAUUGCAGUAUUUAAAAUGUUACUUGCUUUUUAAGUAAAAAAAUUAAAUAUUUAUGUUUUAAUA